AGCAGCAGUUGGCGGGAGUUCGGUCGCCGGGAUGGCGGAGAGCCCUGACUCCCCCGAUCCCGCCGGGCACGACUCGGACGGCGGCAGCGAGGAGCUGGUGCUCACCCCGGCCCAGCUCAUCCGCAGCCUGGAGCAGGCCUGGCUGAACGAGAAAUUUGCCCCGGAGCUGCUGGAGAGCAAAGCGGAGGUGGUGGAGUGCGUGAUGGAGCAGCUGGAGCACAUGGAGUCCAACCUGAAGCGAGUCAAGGGCGUGGACCUGAAGGUUGGCAUCCACCGCAUGGAGAUAGAGCGCAUCCGCUACGUGCUCAGCAGCUACCUGCGCUGCCGCCUGGGGAAGAUCGAGAAGUUCUUCCCCCAUGUCCUGGAAAAGGAGAAGUCCCGCGCGGACGGGGAUCCUUCCAUCCUAUCCCCGGAGGAGUUUGCCUUUGCCAAGGAGUACAUGGCGAACACGGAGAGCUACCUGAAGAGCGUGGCACUGAAGCACAUGCCGCCCAACCUGCAGAAGGUGGAUCUCCUCCAGGCUGUUCCCAAGCCUAACCUGGACUCCUUCGUGUUCCUGCGCGUGCUGGAGCGGCAGGAGAACAUCUUGGUGGAGCCCGAGACUGACGAGCAGAGAGAGUACACCAUCGACCUGGAGGAGGGCUCCCAGCACCUGAUCCGCUACAAGACCAUCGCGCCCCUCGUGGCCUCAGGCGCCGUGCAGCUCAUCUAGGGCAGCAGCGAGCCACAGCGCUGGGGGGGCACCCAGGGGGCCCUGCAGGGGGCCGAGGGACCGCUGGGCACCAUGCCCUCGCCUGCACAUCAUCAUUACUAUUAUUAUCAUUAUUAUUGUUAUUAUUUGUUUUGUUUUGCAAACACCGAGUUAAUUUAAUAAAAAACGU